AUGGCCGGGCCCCAGAUGCAGCUGGAAGAUUGGCUUGAUGACCUCUGCGUGAGGUUCAUCAUCAAUCUUCCGGAAGAAGACCUGUCGACCGUCGAACGGAUAUGCUUCCAAGUUGAAGAAGCCCAAUGGUUCUACGAAGACUUUAUUCGACCUCUCGACCCCUCCCUCCCAUCCAUGACUCUUCGUACGUUCUGUCUGCGCAUAUUUCAGCACUGCCCGCUCUUGGCGCCCUUUUCCGUCGAGACCUCACUCGCCGCGUUUGGGUCUUUCCUUGACUACAAGACGCGAAUCCCAGUCCGUGGUGCCAUCCUGCUCAACCAUGACAUGGAUUCAGUUGUUCUUGUCAAGGGGUGGAAAAAGGGCGCCAACUGGAGCUUUCCCCGCGGCAAGAUUAAUAAGGACGAGGAUGACCUCGACUGUGCCGUACGCGAGGUGUACGAAGAAACCGGCAUGGACCUGCGCGCCCACGGCCUCGUACCGACCACCAGCAAGCCGAAAUACAUCGAAAUUACCAUGCGCGAGCAGCAGCUGCGGCUCUAUGUCUUCCGCGACGUCCCCAUGGACUACAACUUCCAGCCGCAGACACGCAAAGAAAUCAGCAAGAUUCAGUGGUACAAGCUGUCCGAGCUCCCGACGUUCCGAAAGAAGAAUGCGCAAAACCAAGACGAGUCCGUCGUCGGCGCAAACAAGUUUUACAUGGUAGCGCCGUUCCUCGUGCCGCUCAAGAAAUGGGUGACGUCGCAGAAGCGGCAAGAGGAGAAGCGUGUGGGCAGCUUGCGCUACCAUGCAGGUCAUGCCCAACUGUCCGUAGACGAGGGCCACACCGAGGACGAGACGUAUGCGACGGAUCAGGGUGCCAACCAUCUGCAGCAGGUCGCCUCCAUCGCUAGCCUGGACGGUGCCACGAAAGAGCUGCAGCGUCUGCUCAAGCUGCAGCCACCAACGCAAGGCCUGCAGCCUGCCAUGGCUCAAGAAGACAAGGGCAGCGCUCUACUAUCGAUACUGCAGUCAAACGAGCCAUCCGCGCCUUCAUAUCAUGUGCAGCCUAGUACAGGGGUACCCCAUACACCGCAAGACCUCACCAUCAUCAACCCUCCGCAACCUCAGAACCCCCACCACCAUACCAACCAGCAGCACGCCAUGCCGUUACACAUGGACAUGCAACAGCAGCCGCCACAUUUCCCUCUCCCCUAUGGUUCUGAGAACGUACCACAACAUUUUCAGCCGCACCAGCAGCACCAGCAGCACCAGCAGCACCAGCAGCACCAGCAGUACCCAGUCCAACCUGCGCCUUAUGCCCAUCCCGGCGCCCCGCACCACCAGCCUCAAAAGUCCAUCCCUCUCGUCCACCCACAGCCUCUCCCGCCCCAAGUUCAACGUGCUAUGUUCAACAGCAGCGUGUUCCAGGAAGCCGCUGCAAAAGGCAGCGCUGGUUUGCCUCAGCCUGCAUUUCAUCCCUGGCAACAGCCUGGAGCACCUCAGCCGAACGCUCCCCCUCCACAGCAGCAAAGACCAGCACCCAUGCAACUCACCGGACAGUCCAUGGCCCUCCUCAACGCUUUCAAAAGAGAGCCUUCAGGAUCCCAGCCGCCUCCUAUGCCGCCUCCUAUGCAGCAACUGCCUCAGCAGCAGCCUCGGCAACAGUUGCAAGUAGUUGAAACGCUCAACAUGUCUGUUGUUGGCGCGCCUGGUCAAAAUCUCCCGCCACCGCCGCCGUACACCCAGUACCCAGCGCAGCAGCAGCAGCCGCAGCAACAGCGGCCUCACCAGGCAGUUCCUAUCUCCAACCAGGCGAUGCCUCCCCAAGCUCAGUUCAACUCUCACAUGCAGCCCCAGCAGCAGCCUCAGCCGCCCGUCGGCGUGAGGAACCCACCUCUUGUAGCUGACCAGCACCGGAGCGCCCUACUCGGCAUGUUCAAGAAGUCGACGGGCCUGCAGUCCCCCGUGCCGCCGGCCUCCUCGCAGCAGGGGCAGCCGCCCUCGCCGUUGGGCUUCAUCCCCGAGCUGUCGUCGCCGUCGCAGCGCAAGCCGUCGUCGGACGUGCCCGUCGAGCUCAGCAUGGGCAACAUGUCCAUCCAGCCAGCCCAAGCCGCCGGUCCAAGCAAUGGCCACGUCCAGCACUCCUCGCAGCCUAGCCCGACCCAACAGCGGGGCAGCAACCUCGCCGCGGUACCACCACCGCAUGCCGCCGGCGGCAGCAUCGCCUCGCCCUACGCCCCGUACAUCUCGCAAAGCCACCAGCCUCAGCAGCCUUCGCCCCUGGCGCAGCCCUCCGCUCCUGCCCCCGUCGGCGCCGAGCAAAAACGCCAGCUACUAUCUCUCUUUGGCAGCGGUGCCGGUGGCCCAGCCGUCGCCACUGCCGCCGGCAAGGCUCCUGCGCCGCGGCUGCAGGCACGGUCGCCCCUCGGCGGCGCCGGCGCCAUCCACGAGAUGGGCAACGGGAACCCCGCCCCGCGCGACCACUCCCGCUCUCGCAUCGCCUCGCUCGCCUCCGCCAGCGUGCCCGGCGAGCCGGGCUCGGGCAACGCCUCGCGUCGUGGCAGCCAGACGCCCAUUUCACCAGCCGACGAAAGCUUCUUGCUUGGAUAUCUGCAAUCUGUCACGAAAACGACCUAG